UGACAUGCUAAUGCAAGACACAGACGGGGAACCGGACUGAUAGGACCAGUACCAGGAGAGGGUCAGCACUAUCACAAUCAUCAUGGGAAACUGUUGCGAGAGAUUGGGUCCACAGAAGAACACGUACGUCCGUGUGAGUCUGCCAGCCGUCUGCCUUGUCUGGCAGAUUGCUAUGAUCAUCCUGUUUGGGGUUUUCAUCCGCUAUGGCAAGGAAUCAGACGCACACUGGGUGGAGUACAAACAUAAAAAUAACCUCACCGACAUUGACAAUGAUUUCUACUUCAGAUAUCCCAGUUUCCAGGACGUCCAUGUGAUGAUCUUUGUUGGAUUUGGUUUCCUCAUGACCUUUCUGAAACGCUACAGCUACGGCGGCGUGGGCUUCAACUUCCUGAUCGCCUCGUUCGGCCUGCAGUGGGCGCUUCUCAUGCAGGGCUGGUUCCACUCCCUUGAUCUGGACACUGGAAAAAUCUACAUUGGGGUUGAGAACAUCAUCAAUGCAGACUUCUGCUGCGCCGGCUCUCUGAUCGCCUUCGGUGCCCUGCUGGGUAAAGUGAGCCCCGUCCAGCUCAUGGUUGUCACCUUGUUUGGUGUCACUUUGUUUGCUGUGGAGGAAUACAUCAUCCUUGAACUGCUUCACUGCAGAGAUGCUGGUGGAUCUAUGAUCAUCCACUGCUUUGGAGGGUAUUACGGACUGGCCAUCUCCUGGGUGCUCUAUCGACCAAACUUACAUCAAAGUAAACAGCUCCACGGGUCCAACUACCACUCGGAUCUGUUCGCAAUGAUUGGUACAUUGUUUCUGUGGAUGUUCUGGCCCAGUUUCAACUCAGCCAUCGCAGACCACGGCGACGGACAGCACAGAGCGUUCAUAAACACCUACAUCGCCCUCGCCUCCUCCGUUCUCACUGCUGUUGCCUUGUCCAGCAUGUUCCAUAAAAGAGGAAAAUUGGAUAUGGUUCAUAUCCAGAAUGCCACUCUGGCAGGUGCUGUAGCCAUGGGAACGGCAGCAGAGUUUAUGAUCACUCCUUACGGCGCGCUUAUUGUGGGCUUCUGCAUGGGCAUCAUCUCCACCUUCGGCUUCGUCUUUGUCACACCCUUUUUGGAGAAAACCCUAAAGCUCCAGGACACAUGCGGUAUUCACAAUCUGCAUGCCGUCCCAGGAAUGCUUGGCGGCUUCCUCGGUGCUGUCGUUGCUGCAGCGGCUAGUGAGGAUGUCUACAGUAAAGAAGGGCUGAUAAAUGUAUUUGAUAAGGAGGGCAAAUAUGCAAACAGAGGAAUGGGAACACAGGGAGGAUAUCAAGCUGCUGGGACAUGUGUGUCGAUUGCCUUUGGACUGGUUGGAGGAGCCAUUGUUGGGUUCAUCCUGAAGAUUCCUAUCUGGGGUGACGCUGCUGAUGAUCACUGCUUCGACGAUGAGGCUUACUGGGAGCUUCCUGAGGAAGAGGAGGAGACUCUUCCUCCUGUUUUGGAGUACAACAACCACAUGAUUCACAAAGGCCAAGACAUAACCGAGUCCAGUUUCUGUGUUGAGCAGAGUUAGAGACAAGCUGUUUAAAUUUGAACAUAAUGCAGCUCUUCAGCAACAUAAUUUAUGAAGGUUUUCACUUUGCCAUUUUUUCUUUUUUGACGACUUCUACACCUGAUACAAUAAUCAGGAUCUGAUUAUCGGAAACUAAAAUGUUAAGUAUGUUUUUUUUUUUUAGAUCUAAAAUCAAUUCAACCAGAUUUAGUGUGGACGUUUCAUUGAGGAACAAAUGUUAUAAAUUAUUGCUGUGACCGUGGUUCUUACUUCAGCCUGUAUGAUGUGAAGUUGGAUGUUUUUAUGUUCUAUAUGCUGAUUUUUGUCAAUACUUUUUCAAUGUAAUUAUGUCUAAAGCAAUUUAACUUACUACAGAAAAUUGUGUAGCUGAAAAGGAUUUUAAAAUGUGCUAUUUUAUGUAAUGCAAACAGGAAAUAAUCAGGUUUGAAAAAGGCUGGUGUUGUCAAAUAUGACAGGUUUGAAUAAUGUAUCUACCUCCAUAGUAGUCUGCAUUUAUCAUUAAUUCUUACAGAGUAACCAUGAUGCCAUUUAUUCAGUUUGAUUGCUGGAAUGUUGAUUGUUAACUCCAGUUGCCAAAGGAAGUUCACCACCAGGAAAACUCAGAUUUCAAACAUCUAACAAACGUGUGCUCCAUUAAUGACUGCAUCUCACGAACAGGAUUGUCCUAAGAUGAUAUUUAUUAAGAAAAACAGGACUAAUUUCUGACAGCUACUGUUUAAAUAUUUAAUUACAAGUCCUUUGAAUUGUUUGUAAAAGUUUAUGAGACAGCAAGGGUUGAAAAGUCUUGUGUAUUUAAAAACAAAAUAGAAGGUUUUUAUCAGUAUGCAGCGUGAAACCUCACCACCAAUAAAACCUCAGUCGUAUGUAAAAUAAUGGGCCAGACAUAUUUUUCUGGCAUAUUAUUUAGAGUUUCAAAAUAACUUUUGAAACUCUAACAGUUUCAAAAGUUAUUUCUCUUAUCGACAUAUUAUUGUUCUAGAUUUUGUAAGAUGAAAUUGUAUUUACCUGAAAUAAAAAAAAUAAAAAAUUCUGAGGAAUCAUAAUGUCA